GAAUCGCGCCCGGUCCUUCCGAUCCGUCAAGAAAAUAACAUUUUCCGGUCCUCCCGGAUCGAAUUAAUGUGAAAAAGUCCGCGCCCUAAAGUUUGAUAACUUCAAAAAAUCAAGCGAUUUAAUUGAUGAUAAUUCAAAAUAAUGAGUAAUUAAGGUGCAGAUAAAGCGGUGUACACGUAAGUACGUCAGUCCGUUGUGAAACAGCGAGGUGGGAGCGUCGAUAAACCGAGAAAACAAUAAGUCGUUAACGUUGUUAAUGAGAUCCAUUUUUAGUGUUUUUGUGUAUAAAAGUGUUGUGCAAAAAAAUUGUUAAAUUAUUUUAAAUAUCAGGAACUAGAACUAGUGGUUCUUACAAAUAUCUGAUAGCUUUUCAUAUACAUCCUGCAAAUCAUCUGUGAUACACAAGUGCCUCAAUUAGUGCCUUAAAUGUCUUUAUAAAUUCCCAAAGAAAAAAUGUAUUUAACUCGGACGUUUUACUUUUUAACAAUUUUCUGCUCGAUUCGAUCUCAAAAUGAUUUUACUACUACACAAGAGCCGAUUUUCGAGAACAGCUACAUAUUGAGCGGGGACAGUACUUUCAGUGAAACUUCUAGUAUGUCUAGUGAAAACGCGUUUUCGGGUGGAACAAUAACUAAUCGAGUGGUAUUCGAAAGGAGCCGAAGCCCAUAUUGGAUAAGAGACGACAUUAUUGUGGAAAGGAGUGGUGAAUUGGUGCUUGAGCCUGGAGUCACCGUUAAACUGGAUCCACAAGUUGGUGUAACUGUUAGAGGAGUUCUUGAUGCGCAGGGAACAGAAGAUGAUCGAAUUAUCUUCACAACCUCAGAUGAAAAUAAGCAAUCCAAGUCCAUCAUAUUUCCUGAGAUCCGAUUGGUUGAUGGUCCCAGCAUAUUAGCUGGACGUGUUCAAAUUAAAGUGAAUGACCAGUGGAGGAGUGUUUGUACGAAUUCAAAGAAUUGGACGACCGCUGAUACAGAAACCGCUUGCAGACAACUCGGUUUUCAGGGUGGCAAAUUUUUCCAGUGGUUUAACCGACAAAUGCCGUUGAAACCUCGGGUUUUAUAUGAAGAACCUAAGUGCACCGGUACAGAAAGCUCCCUCAGUGAUUGCAGCUGGAGUAGCGCUCAGAUGGGCUCUGGAGUUUGUGAUUAUCAUCCAGACAUAGGAAUCGAAUGCCUCACUAGACAUGAUACUAUAAAACCUUAUUGGAGAGGCAUAAGGUUUGAGUAUGCUCAGAAUGAAAACUAUCUUACGCUCCACAACACCCUGUUCACACCAAGCUCGCUAUCUGUAUUGCGUUAUGUCGAUAUAUAUUACGCUGGCGUAGGAAGAGACCAUAAUACUAGUAGCGCUAUUCAUGUGGAGGGUGUGCCACCGCUGUUAGAAAAUGUAGAAAUUGUUAGCUCGGCUUAUAAUGGGGUUAAUAUUACAAAUCCAGGGGCACCCAUAGUGAUAAAUAAUUGUACCAUUAGGAAUAAUAGGGGGUAUGGAAUAUUUGUAAAUUCCAGCUUUGGACUCACAAAUAUUGAUGGUUGUGUUAUUAACGAUAAUGGAGGAGACGGUGUACGAUAUAUUAAGGCUGAAAAGCGUCCAGAUGAGAGCUCAGAUCGACGAGGUUACAGUGAUUUUUGUCAAGUAGCAGUUAUUUCCACCCAGGUGUUUCCCAUAUAUCUUUAUGCAGAGCAAACAGAUCAAAACAGUAUAGGAUACAAAUGCAACAAAGGCUUCGCUACGAAAUACGGUCAAGUAAUAACGCUCGAUUUCGAUCGAGCUGUUACAAAUAGAAACAAUAGUGCCCUUCUAGAAAUUUACGAUGGUUCUGAUCUAAACAAUCGACUUUUACAAAAAAUUAGCAUUAGAAAUAAUACCAGACCCCAAAGCAUGACCACUACAAGUCAUCAAAUCUUUAUUAAAUUCCAAGCCGAACCCUAUACAAAUACAGUAUUGUUUCUCAGGCUUAUGUCAGGUCAUACGAGGAGCUAUGAUCUGAACGUAAGCAGAUCGGAUGUAUCUGAUAAUGUCGGCCGAGGAAUAGCAGUUGAUAACUUACGAUCUCAAGUACAUAUUCACAAAACAUCCAUUUCAAAAAAUGAACAUGUUGCUGGAGUUCAUAUUACUAGUGGUGUGGGUGAUAUUAAUAUUACUGAGAGCAGAAUAAGUUUUAAUGAAGGUGAUGGAGUUAAUAUAACAUAUUCCGGAGGUUCCAGGAAUAUUUCUAAAUCAUCACUUAGCAGUAAUAAGGGUUAUGGCAUAGCCAUCUGGCUAAACGAUACCAAAGAAACAGAGUUCCUAUUUAUUAACCAAACAAGUGUAGUGCAGUAUACGGAGAUAUACAAAAACCUAGAGAUCGGAGUAUUGCAUGGUAAUUACUGUGGCCCGGCAUUUUUUAACUUUACUGGAAACUCUUUUACUAAUUGCGCAAGUGAUGCUUUGGAGAUACUGUCUUGCUGGAAAAACUCUGGGUAUACUACACAGAUUCAAGUGGGGCAUAAUAAGUUUAUAGGAAAUGAAAAGAUUGCUUUAAAGAUUUAUCCAGCUGUAAAUCUGCAGGCCAGCAUUGAGUACAACCAUUUUAGGCAAGGAACUUUUGGGGCAUUAUUAAUUAAAAACAAACCGUUAGAAGAGUUUAACGUUUUAUCAAAUGACAUUGUGGUGCAACAAAAUUAUUUUCUUAACAAUUCUGGAGUAUUUGUUGUUAAUCUAGCCUUGUCCCCGUACUCUGAAGGGCAGUAUUUAUUGUUUACGCGAAAUUUUGUUAAGAACAAUCGAAUAUCCGAACCUUUUCAACCUCUGGACGGUUCAGUUUCCAAUCUAAACCCUAGAAGUCGUGUGGCAGCUCCAAUAGUAAUCGGAUCAAGUAACAUAGAAGUAUUUAGAAAUAUUAUUGAAAAUCCCAAUUCUAAAUAUGAAAUUGGUAGUCAUUUGGAAGACCAAAGUAAAAUUAUUAACGCGACGUAUAAUUGGCUAGGAGCCGGAAGUGACGAGUUUAUUUACCACAGAAUCUUUCACCGAUUUGAUCGGUACAACUUGGCUAAGAUUACUUUUGUGCCAUUUUUAUUACAUAACUCCAACCCUUUAACGACUAAAAUAAAUCCUUAUCAAUUAUAUGUACCGAAAUUCAGCACGUCAACCUCUGAUAAAGUCGGAGGAGAAAUUGAAGGAGAAGAAAUUCUUUCUAAAGGUGAAUAUGUUGUGGAACGAGAUAUCAGCAUACGGCCAGGAGGAAAGUUAACUAUCGAACCUGGAGUUACUUUGCGGUUUCCGCCUUCUAUAGGGAUGAUGGUUGGAGGUAGAUUAGAAGCCAGAGGCAUUGAACCGGAUAGCAUUCAACUAACUAUGAAAGAAAAUGUAGCUCAACUUCCGGAAGAUAACCACUAUGAAUCAGAGGCAAUGGCCAUGGAAAGUGAAACUGAGAUAGUUCAGAUUGAACCGCAGGUGCCUAUCCGGCUGCUGGGAGGCACCACUGAAACAGAAGGCAGGCUGCAAAUUAAAAUAAAAGAUCAGUGGGGAACCGUGUGCAAUUACGGAUGGACUAUACAAAAUGCUGCUCUAGUAUGUCAGCAGUUGGGAUAUGUGCUAAACCCGGAAGACUGGUAUAUUGAGCGCAAUGAAAUUCCGGAUGCCGGCAGGACUGAACCCGUGAUAUUGUCCAAUGUGGACUGUCAAGACUACGACUUGGAUAUCACAAAGUGUAAGGCUGAAAGUAAACUGGACUUUUUAAAUUCUUGUGGUCACGAGAAUGAUGUUGGUGUGCGGUGCUAUAAAACAUCUUGGGCUGGAGUAAGGUUUGGAGCACUCGCCGAACGAUCUGAUCUUCAGUAUGUUACCAUUGAGCAGAGCGGUUUGCUUGACUAUGCAACUAAUACUUUUAAGCCUGCCUUGCAGUUGGAUUUUGCCAAGCAAAAUUUUGAAAAUAUAAGAAUAAUUGAUAAUUUCUAUCACGGUCUGGGAGUGAUGUUUUCUAAUAUAUACACGGAUGAUUCGGUUAAUAUUAUUAAGAAUUCCGAGUUUUUAAACAAUAAAGGAUCUGGCAUAAGUUUAAAACAAUUAGGUUUUACAUUGUACAACAAUAAAAUAGAGAAUAACUUUAUAGGGAUAGAACAUAACCCUACUUUAUCAGGGCAGCAACAGAGAGAGCUGGCUGGCUGGUUUAUAAGAAAUGACGAAGAAACUUAUUAUAAGCCUUUACAAAUUCCAGAUACUCCCGACGACACGACUAUUGAAAUUCAACGAGGAGAAACAACCUAUUUAGUAACUUCCAAAAUAAAUAACGCAAAUGUGCAAAGGAGUUAUAGAGUUCAAUGCGAACCUGGUUGGGUAAUAGGAAUACAAUUAUUAAAUCCCAUAGAAAAUAGAAGCACCGAAAACAUCAUUAUUUACGAUUCAAUUUCGCGCAACCCUCACUCAGACGUGUGGAUUUUAAAGCGCGAUUUGUCAGUGUUUCCAACCACAUCCAGUGCCCAUACUAUUAUAAUGGACUAUGCUAGUGGCACUAAUUCAUUUGGUGGUACUGUCAUAAUCUUAAGCGCCAUAAGAGCCCCAGUGCAAAAUGUUUAUAAAAGACGGGUUAAAGGACCAGUACCAACACUCUCUGUUAAAAGCAGUAUUAUAAGGAAUAACAUGUAUGGCAUUUACGCGUCAUAUUACAAUAGAUAUUUAGAUGAGCUAGGAAAUCACUUUUUAAGACCUGCAAAUGAAUCUAUGAAGUUUAUUAACUGUGAAAUUACGCACAAUAUCCGCGAAGCAGUAUUCGUUCAUUCUCCCAAUUGGGACCUGCAUAACAGUAAUUUGUCUGAAAUUACUUUGAUGGUUAAUAAAAGUAUAAUAUCUGAUAAUGGCAAGGGUUUUUAUCAAUUUUCAAGGGAUAUGAGGUCGUCAAACAAUUUGUUCCAUUAUGUGUUGCAGGAUAAUACGAUAGAAAGAAAUAAAGGUGAUGGAUUUAAUAUUGCUCUACCGUAUGUCUGGGAAUAUAACGAAAAUUUCACUCACUCAGUAUAUAUGGACAAUAAUUCAUUUAUAAACAAUAGAAACUUUGGGAUCGAUAUCGAUGGACAUUUUGCCGAGGUCAACCUAACAUCAAACGUCUUUAAAGAAAAUAGAUGCCAUAAUGGGCUAUUGACUGUCAAGGGGAUGGAAAAGAAAAUGUUGAUUUUAAGUAACAAGUUUUUAGAUAACAAUUGCAAAUAUGUUGUGCUAUUUAGCUGCAACAGCCAGUCAGAAAUAAUCGGCAAUAUACCAGCCGUGUUUCUCUAUAAUGAAUUAAGGAAUAAUAAAUACGUGCAAGUUGGACGAGCUUUUGGAAUUUUGCAAAAAGCUUUAGAUCCUAAAUUUUUGGUUGGAUUCAAAGGCAUUCAAAAAGUGACAAUAAAUCGAAAUCUAUUUGCUUCAAACAGUUUAGAAUAUGAUCUGCUAGCAGGUAUUAAAACGGCCAAAAUAGACGAAUUUUUAAAUGUGCGAGAAAACUGGUGGGGAACUACUGAUGAAAACCACAUUCAAAGCAAAAUUUUCGACUUCGAUGAUUGGAACGAUCACGCUGUUGCUAUAUUUAGACCUUUCCUGAUAGAAGAGGACUUUCAAGCCAGCUUUUCUUUGACGUUUAAUUCAAACCUCACCAUGGACGUAAAUAAUUUAAAAGGGCGACUCUAUCAAGAUCUUACGCUAACAUCCAGACACGAACCUUAUGUUAUUCAAUCAGAUCUAACGGUUAUGCCCAAUGUGACUUUAACUAUCCAUCCGGGAGUUACUAUGGAAUUUUCUCCCAAUAUAGGGAUUUUGGUUUUGGGAACACUACAAGCCGAAGGUAUUGAGGGAAACGAAAUAGUUAUGAGGCCAGUAACUCAAAAUGCCAAUUUGCUUAUGGAACCUGGACCAAAAAGGGAGAAGAGGGAACUGGAACUAAUGGGUCAAGAAAGUAUAAGACUAUGCAAAAAUAGGGACUGCAGUCAAGAAGAUGAAUACGCAGUAUCAUCUGAAGGCUUCUUGGAAUGGUUUAACCAAACCACCUUGCAAUGGAUUCCAAUGUGCGAUCCACGAUUUACCGAAAGAAAUGCCCAAGUAGUCUGUACCGAUCUGGGUUUCGAUCCAUUAAAUGCAUUUUUUGAUUUCGGACAACGCAUUGACUUUCAUAGUAAUUCGCUGUCUAGAAUUUGGACGUGGCCGGAACCGUUACAGUGUAAAGGUACUGAAAAAAGGUUUGAAGAUUGCCCCAUAAGACUAAACGGUCAACAGUUCGGCCACAGACAUAAAUGCGAAUGGAACAGUAACUUCGUGUUUAUUAAUUGUAACAACAAAGCCCAACCUCCUAAGUACAACUUCUGGGGUGGAGUGCGAUUCGCAGAACCUGACUUUGAACAACGGAUCUAUUCACGUAGGGUCCACGAUGUUCACACUCAUUCUACUAUGCAAGAGACAGAAUCGGUUUUGAGGUUUGUUAAAAUUCACGGUGCGGGUAUUUUACACAACGAGAAGUCACCGGCCGUGCAAAGUAUUAUUAAGAGUCCGAAAAUUGAAUAUGUCGAAGUGACAUCUUCAGCUAGCCAUGGAAUUAAUUUGAUUUCCCCAUCAGGAAGUAUCCAUUUGAGAGGAAACACGAUACAGGAUUCGUUGGGCGUGGGGAUAAAUGUUGCAUCUUUGAGUGGAGAAGGUAGAGAAUCUGAAGAAUCCAGUUUUACACCAUUAAGAGAGAUGAACAUCCCAUAUAAUCUUUAUGGGCUUUUAGACAUAUGUGAUACAAAUAAAGAAGUCGUAAUUGAGGAACGGGUUCUCGUGUACUAUAAAUAUGAUAAUCAUCCCGUUAAUUGCAUCAAAAUAUUUAGGAGUGCCUAUAAUAUUAAACCUUUGGGAUUAAGAUUUUUGCAGUUCAAUCUUUUUAAUUCAUCGGUGGCCCAUGGUAUUCCAGAUUUCGUCUCCGUAUACGAUGGCGACAUCUACAAUAUAUCAUCUCGAGUAAUCGACACCAUAACAAUGACUUCUUCAAAUCAGAAAAAUCUGUUUAGAACUAGAUUACCCAGCCUUAGUGUAAAAUUAUUUGCUAACGGAGCCUCUUCUAAUCAUGGAUUCAUAGCUGAAGUAGUAACUCUACCUAUUGCUGCCAUAGCCUUUAGUCGAGAUGUGCAGCAUAAUGUAUCUUCUUCGGUAAUAAGCAACAACACUCAAGGUGCCAUUUUAUACAUGGGGGCCGGAGAAGUUAAUCCGAUAAUCACCAUUGAAAGGAAUCAAUUUAAAGGAAAUUGUAAAAGUUUGUAUGGAAACUUCACCACUUGUAAAUCUGCUAUCGAGAUGGAUGUUCAGAAUACACAAACGGUGUUCUUCAGAAGCAAUCUAGUAGAGCAAAACCAAGGCGGACUCUACAUUAAAGCAGACUCUCGAGGGUCCGCCACGUCACUCCAAGGCUGGAUUUACAAUAAUUUAUUCGCGAACAAUUCAAACUUACCAACGCUUUACGUAGAGGGACGAAAAUCUUCUCCCUACCAAGAAGUUACCAUAUAUAGAAACUAUUUUACGAGAAAUGUUGCAAGAUACCACAACAAUAUCGUUUUGAAGCAAGUUUUGUCUAAUUUUACGUACAAUUUCGUCAAAAGAAACAUUGGCCAACAGAAUGUGGAAAUAUCAGGGUUCGAUAAAGUAAGGUUAAAUAUUUACCAGACGACAACUCACAAUGGAUUUUACCACAACUAUGCGUUGAAACCUGAAAGUAAAUCGACUAUAGUGGCAGGAACUGCUGGUCAGCAUUAUGUAGAUAAUAUUUUCUUUAAUCCAGAUAACGACUACGAAAUUAUAACUGUCAAUCGAUCUCUAUUUGAGUUCAAUAGCACCUUGCAACUAUGGAACACGAAAAUCGACGCCUCUUACAACUACUGGGGCUUCAAUACCACUUUGGCAGUACGUGGCCGAAUUAGGGAUCAAAUGGACGAUCCUAGAUUGUUGGAAGUGACUUACGAACCGUUUUAUAUGAACAAUCAAACUAUUUUGAACGGGAAAUGUCCUCCUGGAUGGGAACUUGUUGGGGAAACUUGUUAUAUGUAUAUCGGUGCCCCCAUGACUUAUUGGGAAGCCAAGGCAUUUUGUCAGGCGGAUAAUGCUUCAAUGCCCUAUUUAAUGGGAAACAUCAACUACCUACCAGUAUACGAGUUUCUAAGAAGGCAGUAUCAAUGGUAUUUGUACUCGGAUCGAGUAUGGAUACAGCACAUUGACAAUAUUAACCAAUGCACGAUAUUUGCCUAUCAGACAGUGGAAAUUGAUGAUUGUAAUAGAAGAAGCCCUUUCAUAUGUGAAAUCGAUCCUAAAGUGAGCAUCAAAAUCCAACCUUUAGCCGACGACUUGGUGUCGAUCUCAAUUAUUAGUAGUUUAGUUGUGGCCGUACUUCUAAUCAUUAUUGUGCUAGUGUUUUGGUGGUAUAAAUCUAAAUAUAGACAAGCUCAGCGGUUAGAAAGAAGAAACAGCAUAAGGCAAAGCUUACAUUCUUUAAAAUCAGUAGGAUUGUCAUCUACUUCAUUUGCGGAUCCUAAUUAUAGAAAGAAAAUGGGACAAUUAAGCUCUAGAUCAACAGAUACCUUAACCAAAGCUUCCGACUACAAGAAAAUAAUAAGUAAUGGUAGUAUCGACAGCAUGGAAAAGUCUGCCUACAAUUCAUCGAUAGAGGACGAUCAGUCAUACAACACCUAUGAAACGCACAAUCCAACAGCGACGUUUCCUUUUAACUCCUCGACACUUGAAUACCACAAAAGUCCCAACAAGUUCGAAAACCAAUACGCCAAACCGACGGGACCGUUUGACUUGGCUUUUAAAAAUGAAGGGUUCAAAGACAAUUCCACCUUCGCUACUAACAGCAACUACCAAUCACAGGCCGGUAGUGUGCACGAUGGAGGAAGCAGCAAUGACGAAACUCCCAUUAUUCAACCAUAUGCUUCUAAUAAUGUCACGAGUUAUCCCCCAAGUAACUAUUACAAUACAGAUACUUUGCCUUUAAGAGACAUUUCAGAGCCUAGCAUUGGCCUGAUACAAGAACUGAAGUCUAGAUGGCCUAAAGGUGAGAAACCGCCCACGCCUCCUAGGAAAUAUUCGCCAACCUACUCGGAUCAAUUGGCUCAAAUGCACUAUACCCCAGACUAUAAUUCCGUAGGUUUGGCGCAUCCGCACAGUGCAUCAGACCUUAAAUAUGCCGAAACUAAACCGAGUAAAGUGAGGGCAAAAAGUGAGGUUUUGUUGGAGACAAAUUUUGACUAUAAUCCCAAAGAAGAACCGUUUGCACAUCAGCAGCCCCUGGGGGGCUCUGGUAGGUGGAAGAGUCAACCACUGGAAACAGCUAUGUAACUUUAUUAGAUCAGUGAAUAUGAAUCUGUGAUAUUAAGGUAUAUAUUAUGUAUAGUCUUACUAAGGCUGUAGUGUUCAAAUAUUGAAAAAGGGAGAGGAAUGAAAGGGUUUUAUGUUAAAUUGAUCAAAAAAGAGGUUGUAGAUCGUUAAAAAUAGCCUAAUUAAGUUUGGAUAAAAUUUUAAUCUUAGUUACAAAAGAACUGCCUUAAAAUAUGUAGGGUGUUCUAAAAUUCAAUUAGCUAGAGUCUGCACAGUUUUUUAAAAUUAAAAUGGCAUAUAAUUCAAACCUUAUUAAAAGGUUUUAAGACAUACCCAACCUGUUUUGAAUUAUCAUCAUUUUCCAAACUAGAGUACCUCAAAAUGAAAAUUAUAAAUAAUAAGGAUUAUGAUGAGGGAUUAAAUUCUGGUAAAACAGUUUAAGGUGAAUUUCUGUCUUACAAGUCUAGUUUGUUAAUUUUUUAAGUAAUGAUCCAAUAAUUUUUUUUAUAACAUAAGGAAACACAAAGAUGAUGACGUUUUCUAGUUUUAUAAUUAGCAUGGUAAUGGUGUAACUGUUUUCGUCUUUUUUUUAUAAACCCAUUGAUAGCCUUUUUGUAAAACUUAAGUAGUAAAGGCCUUUUAUUUUAUAAGACUCAAUUAAUUUUUUUUAAAGUAGCGCUACUAGUAAAAAUUUCACAUUUUCACGCUCCUAUUAGUCUGAAGCAUUUAUAUUGGCUAUUUGUUUAAUAUUUGGAAACUGCUACUUAUUACCGGGAAAUUUUCAAAUUCAUUAGUUAUUAUCAAUACCAAUUUCUAGUUGGCAUCUAAAUUAAAGUUACAGAUAUUAACUGGAAAAUUCCCAAUAUUGACUGCAAGUGAUAAAUGUUUAAAGAAAUAUUAUUUUAUAAUAUGCCUAUUACAUUUUUUUUGUAUGUAUUUAUUUAGUUGUUUUUUUCUGCAAUAAAUUAUAGCCAAUUUUUGAAUUAUUUGAAAAUUGUUUAAACUGAGCAUAAAAGUAUUAUAGUAAAGUGUUUUUGUCAAUCUCAUUUUGUUUUUUGCCUGCUAUUUGACUACGUUUGCUGCUUAAAUGGAGCCAUAGCAUUUUUUUAUAGAAAUAGCAACACAGGUGUUUUAAAGUAUAAAAAGUAACAAAUUUAAAUAUAAACAAACUCCAACUAGAGUUUAUCCUUUAGUUUUUUGAAAACUUGCUUUAGUUUUUUGAAAACUUUUUUUUUCCAACAAGAGUUUCUUUUUGGCAACUCAAAACAUCUAUUUAGCUUACAAAUUUGAUUUUAAUAAUUGGUUAGUUUCAAAAAAUAUAUUUUUUUAACUGAAACCAGAGAAAAAAUCUGAUAGCUCCUGACCAGGCACUUUAAUUUUUUACAUUUAAUGCAUGCAGUUAAGUUAGAAAAGUCUUAGUGACAAGUAGCCUCUAGUCACGACGAAAAAGAAUUUUAGCAUAAUUUCAACCUUUGACUAGUUGAGAGUAAAGAUUUGGAUGAUUUAACAAUAUUUUAUGAUUUAACACUAAAAAAUAUUUACAGCAUCAUUUUUUUUAUAUUUAAAUGAAGACAGUUAAGAAAUUCUUAGUGAUGCCUAGCCUUUGGCCACGCACCACUAAUCAUAUAAAGACUUUAAAUAGUAAUGAAAUAAACUUAGAAUUAGAAUUUGUGAAUUAAAAUUGUGACUAGAAGUUUAUUUCAUUACUAUUUAAUGUAAGCCGGUCUCUUUGAGAAAAGAUGGACUAUUUCUUGGAAUAUAGAGACUUUGACCACGCAAGUGAACUUACUUUUAUUACAGUAAUUAUAAAUUUCACUAACAAUUAAUGGAAUAAUUGUUUUUUCUAUUAAAUAUUUUAGUUGCCUUUUUUUGCUCUUUCGAAAGCAACGUGAUAUCCAGUAACAGAUGUUCAUAAUUUGAGAUGAAAAAAAUAUAUAUAACCAUUUUUAUCUAAAAAAAUGCUAUCGAUUUAAAUUUAAAUAUAUUUAUUGAAUAACUUGAAAAAAGUACCACGUCAAUCUGAAGAAAAAAAUGCACU